AUGUUGUUACCUUUAAUAUUUAUAUUUUUUAUUAAUACUGUUUCAAAUGCUCAACAAAUAGAAUUUUGGUUAACAGAUCCUGAUGCAAAUAUUCUUUUUCAACAACAACCAUUCAUUUCACCUAAUAAUGAUAAUCAAAUUAACGAUAUUAUUAUUAAUAUCAAUGAAAAUGAAACAUAUCAAACAAUUGAUGGAUUUGGUUAUACAUUAACUGGAGGUAGUGCAAUGCAUUUGCAUAAUCUUGAUAACACAACACGUGCUCAAAUUCUACAAGAAUUAUUUAAUACAGAUAAGAAUAAUAUAGGUGUUAGUUAUCUUCGUCUUAGUAUUGGUGCAUCUGAUUUAGAUGAAGUUGUUUUCUCAUAUAAUGAUUUACCUCCAAAUGAAAUUGAUUUAAAUAUGACUCAUUUUGAUUUAGGACAUGAUCGAUUACAUAUUAUUCCUAUUUUAAAAGAAAUUUUAUCUAUUAAUCCUAAUAUAAAACUUAUGGGAUCACCAUGGUCACCACCUAUAUGGAUGAAAACAAAUAAAAAUAGUAUUGGAGGAAGUUUAGUAUCUGAAUAUUAUGAUGCUUAUGCACUUUAUUUUGUUCGUUAUAUUCAAGAAAUGAAAAAAGAAGGUAUUAUUAUUGAUGCUAUUACAAUUCAAAAUGAACCAUUACAUCCAGGAAAUAAUCCAUCAUUAUUAAUGUUAGAUAUGUUUCAAGCUCUAUUUAUUAAACAAAGUUUAGGUCCAGCAUUUCGAAAAUAUUCAAUUAAUACAAAAAUUAUUAUCUAUGAUCAUAAUGCUGAUCGUCCUGAUUAUCCAAUAACAAUAUUAAAAGAUUCUGAUGCAAGACAAUAUAUUGAUGGAUCAGCAUUUCAUUUAUAUGGUGGAACUAUUAAUGCUCUAUCAUUUGUACAUGAUCGAUUUCCAGAUAAAAAUUUAUAUUUUACUGAACAAUGGGUUGGUGCACCAGGAAAUUUAAAAGGUGAUUUAGUUUGGCAUGUAAAAACUCUUAUUGUUGGUGCAACUCGAAAUUGGGCUCGAACUGUUUUAGAAUGGAAUUUAGCGGCUGAUCAAAAUUUAAAACCACAUACACCUGGUGGAUGUACAUUAUGUUUAGGUGCAUUAACAAUUGAUAACAAUGAAGUUUUAUCACCGCGAAAUCCUGCUUAUUAUAUUAUUGCACAUGCAGCUAAAUUUGUUCGUCCAAAUUCGAUAAGAAUUGAAUCAAAUGUUGUAUCAGGCCUUCCAAAUGUUGCAUUUCAAAGACAAGAUGAUAAAAGAAAAGUAUUAGUUGUUGUUAAUGAAAAUAAUUCUGGUAAACAGACGUUUCAAAUACAAUGUAAUGGUAAAGUUUAUAAUACAUCAUUGAAUGGAGGUAGUGUUGGCACUUAUAUUUGUUAA